AUGGCAUUACGUUCUCUUGGGUACAAUAUGUACGAAGAGAAAAGGAAAGAAAGAGUGGGCUUUCCACCGGAGAGACAGAAAAAGAAAAAAGAAACAGAUAAGGAGAUUGAGGAAGAAGUCGUAAAGAAUGUUGAAAAAGAGAUCGAGAAAGAGGUAGAAAAGGAGGUGGAAAAGGAGGAAGAGAAGGAGGAGGAGGAGGAGGAGGAGACAGAAACAAGCAUAAUUGGAAAGUUUUUGGAAGUAGAGCAGCAACGAGAAGAAACAGCGACACUAAUUGAAAUGGAAGAAAUGGCGCCAAGAGUGGAACAUGGUAAACAAGAAAGAAGGCGGAGAUAUCAUAGUUGGAAUUUUUUGACAUAUGCUAAAAACGAAAAUACAGAAAAAAUGAUAACGAAACUGAAAUCAGUUAUAAGAGCUAAGUUGUCCAAAGAGAUGUACGGUGAUAUAGUGAAACAGAUUUUAAUCGACAAAGAAAUGUUGAAUCAUCGACAUUCGUGGUGGAAUUCGAUGAACUACCGCCACUAG